CAAAGCCAAAGUAACCGUCAAAAGCAACACAAGCGUAAAAGCAACAUGUUUUUAUAAAAUAAAAAAUACAAAAUAACAACAAAUAAAAAUCGUAAAAUGUUCAAAAAACAAAAAGAAUAUAAUAUAAAAAUAAAGAAGUUUAAAAUAGCUCCAUACCAAUAUGGUUAUUGGGACGAUAUUACUGACAGGCGCGUCAGUGACUGCCAGUCUUCUAGUCGUACAAGUAGCGGUAUUGCCUCUAGUGUUCAAAUAUAGCAAGUCUGUACAGAGGAAGAUGGUGUUUUCCAAUUGCAUAAAUUACCCAAGAAACUUGGACUAUGAAAACCCAUCGAGCUGCGACGUCAUCGGCGGAAGGAACUUUAACAUCGAGUUUCUGUCGCACGUAGACUCCUGUCCUAUCAAACUUGGUGCAUGGCAUAUAGUGCCCUGCUCCAUGUUCCGUGAUGUUUUCGUGAUUCGUGACUACGUGAAAGUUGACGAUCGUUUGCACGAAGAGUUGAAACGUACCAAGAAUACUGUUGUAUUGUAUUGUCAUGGCAAUUCAAACCAUCGCGCUUCGCCGCAUCGCUUGCAAAUGUACAAAGUGUUCCAGGAAUUGAAUUUCCACGUAAUUACUUUUGACUACCGAGGUUAUGGUGAUUCCACUCACGUGAGGCCGACAGAGCGAGGCGUGGUGGAGGAUUUGCUGGCGAUGUACUCGUGGCUUAUUGACUGUUUGGACUCCAAAGACAGGCCCAUGGUGGUCUUAUGGGGGCAUUCGCUAGGCACAGCUGUAGCUGCCAACAUGACAGCUAACCUAGCAGAAUUAUGUCAGCAGCAAGGCAGGAAACUGUUACCAAGUCCUGAUGCCCUGGUACUGGAGGCACCCUUCAACAACCUGAUGGAUGAGAUCGAAAGCCAUCCGUUCUCCAAGUUGGUGUCCUGGCUCCCGUACUACAAGGACACCUUCGUGAAGCCCUUCACAGUGUCAUCAGAGUACGCGUUCACUACGGACGCGUACCUCUGCCAGGUCCCGAAGGUGCCUAUCCUGAUGCUGCACUCCAAGGGAGACAAGAUCGUGCCCUUCAGUCUGGCUGUCAAGCUACAUACGAAGGUGGCAGCGUCUCGUUCUGCAGCUGACGCGCCGCUCGUAUUCCACGCCUUCGAGCGAGGACUGGGCCUCGGGCACAACAACCUGUGCGAGGCGCCCGAACUUAAGAAUGUCGUAGAGAACUUCCUGACUACAGUCAAAGCUAGAAACAGCUGACGCAGCAAAGAAGAAUUUGAAAUUUAAAUAAACUUUACUCACAAAAUAAUA